AUGUGCUACUACGACCAACUAGUCUGGCGCUGCGGCUACUGGAAAUGGUCCGUCUUCCGCGAGCAGUGCCCGCGCGAGCGGCGCAUGGGCGAGACGUGCGGUCUGCGUCUGGUCAUGACGGCCUAUUUUCAGGAAGACAUUUGCAAACUCUGCGACGAGAUUAACAAGAAGCAACGGCGCAUCGAGAAGAUGUCGCAGGACAUUGCGCGCUGGAAGCUGGAGGGCAACCGGCGCGCGACGAUCGAUCGGACCACUGCCGAGAUUAAGGAAAUCGAGAUGAAGUUGGAUCGGUUGAGGGUGCAGCAUGAGGGGAGGAUUAAGGGGAGGAUUUGA